UUCUAAUGUUAGUUCAGUUUUGAAAAUUAGUCAGUAGAUAUUAAUUAAAUCGUUAACUACUAUGGAGAGUGAAAACAUAGAAGAUAUAAUAAAAUCAAUAAAUCAAAUUGAUAUUGAAGAUGAACCGGGUUCAGAAAAAUAUGUUAGCAAUCCGUGGGCGAUUGAUUAUAAACCUCAACCAACGCUGCGUUAUAUUCCCCCAAAAUAUAUAGAUUUCGAGGAAUAUGUAAAGGAUAAUUGUCACAGCAAAAUAAACAUUUUAAAUCGUGAAACGUUUCAUCAAAUAAAACGUCCCAUUAUUAUAUUUUUCAAUCAUUUUCGGGAAAAAUGCGCCUAUCACACAAAAUGGCUGGAUGAAAUGUAUAAGUUAUCUUUGAAAUAUGGUGAUCGUAUUGAAUUUAUAGCAGCUGAUAUGAUUGACAUGGAUAUUAUGUUUCCUGGACGAAAUCCCUUAAACUUCUAUUGUCGUUUAGUAAGACCAGAGGAUGAGUCCCCCAAUACGUAUGCAAUAGAUGAGAUGAAAAGAAUACAUACACACUAUGAUGCCUAUUAUACUAUGGAUAGUCUAUGGAAUUUAUGCGAAGAGUUAUUAAGUGGCAAACUAUUUCCCUCGCUGCCUAUACCGGAAAAUAAUGACACAAAUUUGGUUAAAAUAUGUGUCCGCGAUAACUAUGAAGAAUUAAUUUUAAAAUCCAGCAAAAAUAUCUUUCUAAUUGCAAAUUUAGAUCGUUAUCAUUAUAGUGAAUACGAACCAAAUUAUGAUAAUGUAGCAUUGGCCUUAAAAGACUAUAAUUUGGAUAUUGUUUACAUGGAGGCUGAAAAGAAUUAUGUACCCUUCGAGUAUCAAGUUAAUGCCUAUCCCACUAUAUUAUUUAUACCACAUAAUGAUAAAAACAAUUUUAUAUAUUAUGACGAUUUAAGAAAAGAAGAUGUCAUAAUUGAGUUUUUGAAGAAAGUCAUGGAACAGCCAGAAUUUUUGCUAUUUAAACAACAAGAGUUAAAAUCUAGAAUCUUAAGGAAAACUGUAGAAGUACCCGAUGAUUUUCAAUUGGAUUUUCAGGAUUUGCCAAAAUUUUUGCAAGAAAAUUUCGAUAACCGUUAUAAAGUUUUCGAACGUAAAAUUCUUAAAGAUCCCAAAAGAUUUUAUAAUCGUAUUAUGAUAUUUAUGGAUUUUCCAAAUAUGAAAUGCCUGGCUCGUCACAUACAAUGGCUUGAUAAAAUCUAUCAAGUGGUUGAACAUGCCUAUACAUUUCAAUUCUUUGUUGCAGACUUUAAGGAUAUUGAUAUUAUCAACACCCAAUGGAAAGCAGACGACUUAAUCAAGUCCGCCCAAGGAAAACCAAAAAUAUACGCCUUUGACCACCUUUGGCACACUUAUGAAUUCAAAGAUUUUAACUCUAUACCCUCAUUAUUCUAUUUCACUUCAAGUCUACAAAGUCGUCACUUUUACUAUUCCCAAGUAUAUCCGAGAAAAAAUAUACAUCAAACGGUUAAAGAAUGGACUGCAGAUUAUUUUAAUAUUUUCCUUAAGAAAACUAAAAAACAUACUUUUAUUACAUUUUACUUAUCGGAUGAUGAGAAUGCUGAAAAACUCUUAAAUUUAUUGGAUGUAAUUGCUGAAGAUGUUAAGGCUUUAAAUGUUGAAGUGGUAAAAUUCGAUGCUAAACUUAACUAUGUGGAUUUGGAGUAUGUUCAGGAGAAAUAUCCGGUGCAAUAUUUUAUAUCCAAAUAUAAUAAAAGAGAUAGUAGAAUGUAUCGAGAUAAUGAUUUGAGUAGAGAUAAAAUAUUGGAGUUUAUUAAAAGUCAAGUGGAGAAAAAAUAAAGUUUUAAGAAUAGUUUUUAACAUUUAUUUAGGUUACUAUUUAUUUUUUGUACAAAUACUUUUAUAUUUUUCAUAAUAAUAAAGUUUUUUAUUUAUAU